CAAAUAUAAUUCACAACAUUAGGAAAAGUUUUGAAUAAAACUCUUUAACCCAUCGAUCGUGGAAUAAUAAUUAGUAGAAACUGAAAAAUUCUUUUUACGGGUAAAGUCUGAUAUAAACAGCAAAAAAUGGCGGAACAAGUAAAUCAAAGGAUUGAGAGUAUGAUAGGCGAGCUAGAGCAAAUGCGCCGAACCAACUUGUAUCAAGAUGAAGAAAUAAAAGAAAUUUCUCGAAAACGUAAGGAGUUUGAGUAUAGAAUUCAAAGAAGAAUGAAAGCGAAGGAUGAUUUUGUUCAGUACAUAGCAUUUGAACUGGCACUACUAGAAGACAUUGUACUCAGGAGGAAACAGCUAAAGAUGACCGAAAAGAAACGCGACAUCGAAUUCGCGAUAGCAGGUCGAGUAAACAAAGUUUUUAAACAAUUUCUGUUCAGAUUCCAAGAUGAUAUUGCCAUUUAUUUUGAAUACCUCAAGUUCUGCAGAAGUGUUGGCUUCGAUUUCGCCGUAUCAUCUAUAAUUGGACAGAUGUUACAGAUUCACGGCGACAAACCUAAAGCGUGGCAGUUGGCAAGCUAUUGGGAAAAGAAAGAAGCUAACAACCUUGAAAAUGCUGCCAGUUUUCUACUGAAAGGCAUCCACAGACACCCAGAAGCUGACUUUCUGUAUUUAGACCUAUUUGAAAUAGAACUUACAAAUGCUUUCAAAGCUGAGAAUGAUGAAGACAAAGAAAAAAGUAUUAAAAAAGCUGAUAUUGUUUGGAGGAACGGCUUAAAAAAUAUUACAGACAUUAGAUUUUUGUUUAAAAUAUGUGAUAUAGCAUUGAAAUAUGCUGUUGAUAACUCAGUAACUGAUGCAAUCAAACGAGAAGUGUGGAGCAAGAGGUCGGAAAAAGAAGUUUGGACAUACAUAGCGGAAAAGGAACUUGAAGGAUACCAUUGGGAAGAAGUUGAGGAAUUUGUAACAGAAGAAUUUCAGUUUCCAGAGCAGAUAAAUUUUUAUAUUGCUGCGUAUGAGGAAGCAUUGAAACAGAUACCAGAUAAGAAGUUAUUGACAAAAUAUAUCCAUGGCUUGUUGGCAGUAAAUAACAGCCUAUGUUCAGAUUUGCAGCAGAUAACUGCUGUAAAACAUGCCUGGUAUUUUGGUCUUGAAAAUGGACUGCUAGACAAUGAUAUGUAUGAAUUUGGUUUCAAUAUGUUGAAGCUGGACGAUUUAUCAAAUGAAGAAUUGUCAAAGAUUCUACAAGAGGGACUGAGAAAUAGUCCACAAUGCAGAUUCUUAUGGGAGGAGAAUUUGUCGCUACAUAAAAAUGACGAAAACAAAAUGUUGAGCAUCAUAGGAGAAGCUGGCAAAAGUUUAAAAUCCGAUGAUUUAAUUUACCUUUGGAAUUAUUUGCUAGACAAUCUGGAAUCUCAAAUUGUGUUCAAAAACUGUUAUAAAAGGUUUCAAAACUGUGAAAGUUCCAUUCUGUUGUCUCUUAAACCAAAGUUCUUGAUGAAAAUCUACGAACAUAAUGGUUUGAAGGCAGCUCGAGAGGUGUAUGAAGAUUUUGUAAGGACACCCCCGACUCAAGUGGAUGUUCAUGAUGUUAUGAUUCAAAUAGAACUCUCUCAAGAAAAGCCAGCAUUGAAAAAUAUCAGAAAAUGUUUUGAGUGUGCUAUCCAACAUCACGGACAAACCAAUAUAAAUGUUUGGAUGGACUACAUUAAAUUCGAAACUCAAAACGGAAACCUCCAAUCCGCCCCUGCCAUACAUAGAAGAGCUAUUGCAGUUCUUAAUAAGGACGUAGUUAGUGACUUCUUAAAAGCACAAGCUUUAGCAAAACUAAAAUGAGCUUCCAAAAUAAAUAAAAUGUUAAAAACAAAA